AUGUCUGUAGGAACAAAUAGACCUAAAAUCUUCUUAGAACUCUCUCCCGAUAUUGUGAUGGAGAGUUUCUUUCAAGCCAGAAGGGAGGCGGAAUCAAAUAGAGAUAAGGAAAACAAGGCUGCGCUCUCAAUUCAAAAAACAUACAGAAGAUGGAUUGUAAGAAGUGCAUUCCUUAAAUUCAGACAUAAAGUAAUUACAAUUCAGAGAGUAUUUAGAGGACAUCUUUAUGGAAGGAAAUUGAAAAGACUUCUGCAAGAGGAACGAGAAAAACAGGAGCGAAUUCAACUCUAUCACUAUUGUGCAGCUCAAAUUCAAAGGAUAUUCAGAGGAUUUUGGGUGAGAAAAUAUGUACAUAAUUAUUAUAAGAGAAAGGAGUAUUUGGCCUUUGUUGAACAUCAAAGUUCUCUCACAAACGAAUAUGUACAACAAUACAAGCAACAAAGAACUGAGGAAAUGCAAGAUGAAAAGGAAAAGAAAGACUACGAAAAAUUUCAAGAAUAUUCAAAGUCCCUUCAUCACCUUGUCAGUACAAAGGCCAUUCCUGGUGUUUACAAACCAAAUCAUAGAUAUAUUUCCGAGGAUACUGUAUAUGGAAUUCCAGUAGAAGACCAAUUGAGAUACGUUGCAAAAACUGAAUAUAUUAACAGUCUUCAAAAUAAGAAGGUUGUUCCUGUAAAUUCAACUCUGAUGAGAUCCAACAAUUCGGAACUGAAAACACAUCCAUCCCUUGCCUACCUGUAUCCAGAUCAAAUUAAAGGAAAUCUUCAAGAAAGGGAUAAACCUCUACCACCGAUUAAUGAUAAGGACAAAAUGAGAUAUAAGGAUAAAAGACAUGGCCCUUUCAAACCACCAGAAGAGGUUGUAUCAAUCAAAGAAAAGACUUAUGAAAGAUCAAUUCAAAACUCUUGUAAAUACGAUACAGAUAAGGAAGUCAUUAGGUUUGAGAAUAUGAUUGAAAAAGAUACAAGAAUCUCCAAAAAGAAUUAUGUACCAUGUAAGAAAAAGAAGGAUGUUAUUCCUGUAGAGACUAUUCUUGCCUCUGAGAAGUUUAUUGAUCCAGUUAGAUCCAUCACAAGAAAAGAUGCAAAGGAAAAACAAUUAAGUUACCCUUUCAAACCUACCGAAUCAAGGUCGGGUGUUUUUGAUAAUUCUACUAUUCCGUUUGUAUCCAGCAAAACGCUGAAUAUUCAAAAGUAG